AGAUUCAACAGAUAUUUAGAGUUGAAAUCAACAUUAAUUUUAUAGCAUGGCCACUGGAGGUUCAUCCUUUAACAAGGGAUCUGACCUAAUUCACGACUAAAGUUGUUUCACAUGUGAGGAAAAUGACCUGAACACAGAAGCCCAGCAUUUCUGUCCACAGUGUGAACACUAUCUGUGUGACAAGUGCGACGGGAUUCAUGGAGAUUAUUUCAAGAAGCAUGUUGUGUAUGGGCGUGGAGCCAUUCAGAAGUGGGCGGAUUGGUCAAUGGACAGAUGUGCCCAACAUGACAAAGAGUUAGAGGUUCACUGUGAUGACCACCAGGAACUUUGUUGCAGUGUUUGUGUGGCCCUUAACCAUAGGCUAUGUAGCAGCAUCAGUCACCUACCUGACUUGGCCAGAGGCUUCCUUAGUACAUCAGAGUUCAAGCAGCUGCCAGCAGCAGUGGACAAGAUGAAGAGCAGACUAGAUGAGCUCAAGAAUGAAAGGAUAAAAGAUCAAGGCACCCUAUAUGAUUCUUACAAGAACAUCAUUGAUGACAUCAAGGCUCUCCGCAAAGAAAUUAACCAGAUCUUAGACAAACUGGAAAAGAAGACAGUUAAACAGCUGGAUAACAUGAUUGAGGAUUUAGAGAAGUCUAUAAAAGAUGAUUUAGAAACCUUUGCUCGUAUGCAUGACCAACUCAGUACAAUGAUUGAGAAACUCAAGCAGAUUACUGGCAAAAACAAGGACUUUGGAAAUAUUGAAAGUGUCAGAAAAUAUGAUAGUAAUCAUUUGUUUAAGGCUAGGAGUUCAAGUAGGAAUAAAGUUAAAAGAAUGAAUGACAAGGAUACGUGCACUAUUUUAGGUAUAUGUGAGUUGCCAAAUGGACAGCUGGUUAUUGCUGAUUAUUUAAAUAGCAGAGUUAAACUUCUGAACAGGCAGUAUGAGAUCAUUGAUCGCUUAGAUCUUCCUGCUUCCCCUCAACACUUGUGUCACACCACAGGCAGUGAAGUAGCAGUAGCUGUAAAUGACUUCUCUUCUACAUCAGAUGAGAUCCACUUCCUCACAUUGACGAAAGGGAAGCUACAGAACAUGAGAAAGUUCACCACAGAUCAUCAGUGCAUAUCCAUUGCCCACAACAAGGGUCAGCUGUAUGUGGGUUCCGGCAAUGCCCUAUACGUGUACGCUUUUGAUGGGAGUUUCGUUAAGAAAAUAUAUAAAGACACCUCUUUUAUCCACACAGUGUAUAGUUGUGCUGUCUCUCCUGAUGGGGAGACAAUUUAUGUGGCAAAUACACAUGCUUCUAAACUUAUAACACUUGAUACAUCUGGUCAAGUGUUAUCUACAGUAGAGGAUCCUGACCUACAAGACCCAACUGGACUAUGUGUCAGCCCCAGUGGCCAUGUGUUUGUGUGUGGGUCGAGGUCCAACACUGUUGUACAGGUGGACCAGGAGGAGAAAAAGAAGCUGUCCACAGUGGCCAGGGAGGCUGAUGGAUUGUGUAACCCUCGAUCAGUCUGCUUCAGUGAACAAACCUCCAACCUCAUUGUUGGUAAUUAUGGGGACAACAUCACUGUUUUCAAGUUGCGUUAAACCAUCAAUCUGAUUCUGGUAUGCAAAGAAAAACCAUGCAAAAAGAUGUCCAUCUUUACCUCCAUUGUUUAAUCCAGCGAGGAUCGCAUGAUCCUCUUAUUUGUUGUAAAUAAAUGAAGUGCUGUAUAGCAAUUGUGUC